UCCCGCUGUGGCUCGGAAGGCUCGGUCACACCUUGGAUGCUGGCUUUUUCUUGGAGUAGAUCGUGUUGCUGACACUUCCUGCAGCCUGAUGCAUGCAACACGGGAGUCGGUGAUGCUCAUCAACUCACUGACCUUGCCGCGUAUGUCUCUGACCGAUUGGCCCCUUGGCACCUAAUAUCGAUGAUGGAAGAGCACAAACCAGGCUGUGCAGCGCCAGCUAAAAAAGCUGAGCUACCCGGGCCGGCCGAGCAAGCUGGGCACAUUCUACGGCAAAGCCAGCCAUCCGUAAAACAGAAGGGCUUGGCUAUCGGAGACACCAUCGCAGCACCUCUGCAGCACAGGGCGUUCUCAUGGCUUGCUGUCCUGUCAACUGUCUUCCCUGCCACCUCAGUCUUCUUUGUGGUUGCAAAGAGGCGGACAAUACCUUGGUCAACACAAUCUAGGUGUCUAGGAAGGGAACAAAGGCCCCGGUCACAAAGGUGUCGCGCGUGUUGCACGAGGCGUCAAUAACAGAAGCUGAAAAGGUGCGCCAACCUCCAGCUCAUACUUAGCUCUCACGCUCUCAACCGUUAUGGCGUUUAGCU